CGGUUUAGACCAAUAGGAAUGCGCCACAUGAUUGUAUGUUUGAUCAUAUGGAGAUUGACAGAGAAAAAGACUGAGCUAGGCACCGUACGUACUCAAAAUACGACCAGAGUUUCAGUUUUUAAACCACGAACCAACUCACCUCCAUCAUGUCAUGGCAACAGUUUGCAUCCACCCUGCUAAUAACAGUUUUGUUUGUUUCCACUCAAGUUAAAUUGUCAGAGAGCUUUGCUGUGAUGUCUGUAGAUCUGGGCUCCAAUUUCAUGAAGAUUGGAAUUGUAAAGCCAGGAGUACCCAUGGAAAUAGUAUUAAAUCUAGAAUCCAAAAGAACAACUGCAACGAUUAUUGCCUUUAAAGGAGAAGAGAGACAAUUUUCUGAUUUGGCUUUAUCAACACGAGUAAAAAUGCCUGUAAAUGCUUAUAUUUACUUAAUGGACAUUGUUGGGAAACAAUUUAAUGACCCUGCUGUGAAGCUUUAUCAGGAACGUUUCCCUUUCUAUACGCUAGUUAAAGAUGAAGAAAGAGGUACUGUUAUCUUCAAAGUAGAUGAGGAAACUUCUUACAGUACUGAAGAACUUCUUGGUAUGCUGCUAGAAUAUUGCAAACAGUUGGCAGAAAAUUUUGCAGAACAAAAUAUCAAGGAUGUUGUGGUGACAGUGCCCACACACUUCAACCAGGCAGAACGUAACUCAGUCAAGGAAGCUGUUCACAUCGGUGGCCUUAAUUUAUUACAACUGAUGAGUGUGAAUGCUGCAGUUGCCUUGAAUUAUGGAGUAUUCCGUAGGAAGGAUUUCAGCAACAAACCACAAUACAUUAUAUUUUAUGAUAUGGGAGCCAGCUCCACAACUGCCAGUGUCGUUGGAUACGUACUUAGUCAAAGCAAAGAAGAUACCCGUGAUAUUAACCCACAACUGACCAUACAUGGAGUAGCAUUUGAUAAUAGACUUGGUGGUCUUGAAAUGACUAUGCGCUUUAGAAACUAUCUUGCUGAGCAAUUUAACAAGAAGAAACUCACAACACAGGAUGUCUUCAAAAACCAGCGUAGUAUGGCAAAGCUUUUUAAAGAAGCUGAACGUGUAAAGAUGAUUUUAAGUGCCAACUCAGACCAUUAUGCUCAAGUUGAGAAUUUGAUUGAUAAUCAGGACAUGCGUAUAAAAGUCACUCGAAGUAUCUUUGAAGAACUCAAUGCUGACCUCUUUGAACGUGUUGCAAUACCAAUUAAGAAAGCCUUAGAAUAUUCUGAAAUAACUUUGGAGGAAAUUAAAGACGUAAUCUUAAUGGGAGGUGGAACUCGUAUUCCUAAAGUUCAAGAGAAUCUGCUUAAAGUUGUAAAACGCAAAGAGCUGGGUAAAAGUAUCAAUACAGAUGAAGCUGCUGCUUUAGGUGCUGUGUAUCAGGCUGCUCACUUGAGUCAAGGAUUCCGAGUGAAGAAGUUCACUGUUAAAGAAGCUACUGUCUACCCAAUUGUUGUUGAAUUUAAACGCCAAAAGACUGGUAAUGCUAAAACUGUCAAGAGGACCUUGUUUGGGCGUGGCAAUACAUACCCUGUCAAGAAAGUAAUGACCUUUAACAAGCACACUGAUGACUUCACUUUUUCUGUUGGUUAUGGAGAUCUUAACUUUAUCACUGAUGAUCACAGAAAAUCAUUUCAUACAAUGUUCUUGAAAAAUAUCUCUUUGACUGGAGUUGGAGAUGCCUAUGCUAAACACACUACAGCUGUUGACUAUAAAGGUGUUCGUGUGCAUUUCCGCAUGGAUGAAAGUGGCCUGUUGCAUUUAGAUGGGGCAGAAUCAAUAUUUGAACAAGCACCUGAUGCUGUCAAUGCAAAUGAAGAAUCAACUUGGUCAAAACUGGGUAAUACCUUGAGUGGAUUUUUCCGAGGAAAUGAAGAAACUGAUGGAAUGUCUGUCAAUGAAGAGGGAGCUGCCGAGAAGACAGCAUCUGCUGAUAAAGAAACAGGGACCACUGAAAAAGGCUCUGAAGAUGGUGGAGAUGGGCAAAGUAAAGAGAAGAAAUCUGAGAAACCUCAAAAGGAAGAUACAACUGCUGAAAAGAAAAGUGAGAAAGUAGAAAAGCCAACUGAACAGGAGCAAAAGGAGAGUGAUAAAACCCCAAAAGAUGAUGAUACAAAACCAAGUGACAAAAAUCAAACUAAUACAACACAAGGCACCACCAAAAAGGACGAAACUCCUAAAGUUAAAAAACCAGGGAUAUUAAAAGAGAAUCUGAAAAUGGAAAUAAAAAUUCUAGAUUUGUCACCAAUUGCAGAAAAAAAAUUGAAGGAGUCUAAAAAUCGUUUAGCUGAACUUAAGAAAAAAGAUGAAGAGAAGAGAGCUCUUGAACAUUCCAAAAACGAAUUAGAAUCCUACAUAUUUGACAUGCAAGAUAAGUUAUCACAAGAAGAUUAUAUUCAGUGUUCAACCGAGGAACAGAGGGAAGCUAUUAGAAAAGAAUGUUCAGACAGUUCUGAUUGGCUCUAUGAGCAAGAUGAUAGCACCAAAACAGAGGAAUAUGUAAAACGUUUGAAUAUACUAAAGGCAGCGUCAAAGGAUCUCUUGUUUCGAGUGAAAGAAAUGAGAGACCGACCAGUAAUGCUAGACACUUUAAAGUCUCUAUUAAACCAUACAGAAUAUUUUUAUAAAAAUCUUUAUAAUCAUACUUUUGGAGAUGAUCCUGUAUUCACCCAGGUAGAAGUGAAUACUCUUGGUAAACUCAUCAAUGAGACCUAUGCUUGGCGCAAAAACAUAUUAGCAGAACAAGCAAAAACUCCACUGCAUGAGAAACCUAAAUUAUUAACUGAAGAUAUAGCUCUUAAAAUUAGGGACUUGGAUAGAGAGGUGAACUACUUAGUCUAUAAGGCAAAAAGUUAUAGACCAAAACCGAAGGUGAAACCUGAUGCAACUAAUACUACCAAUUCCACAGAAAAAGCAGAUAGCGAGAAAGUCAAAACAGAUAGUGACACUGAAAAAACCACUACUGAUUCCCAAGACACUGCUGACUCACAAACUGACAAAAAAUCUGAAAAGAAGCCACCACACAGGAAUGAUGGAGAAUUGUAACAAUAGUCUUCUUUAGCAUUACAUACUGAAGGAUGAAUGUGCUUGUUUGUGUGAUUGUUUGGUAUAUAAGUGUGAAUGUUUAUGUGUACAUGUCAUUGUGUGAACAUAUAGACAUCUAAUCUAUCUAUUCCUGAAAGACAAUUUCUGGUUGACUGUUUAGAAUCCAUGAAACCGGAUUCAUAAUGGUUUUCUGUUGUUUCCCUCUCCUUUUAAAUUAAAACAAAACUGAAGAUCUUCUAACUUUCUCUUCAAUGUUUGUGUUGUAUUUGACUAACUUGUUACUUCAUUGUAGCAAAACCUGCUACCUCUCCACUUGAAGUCUAAGACAAGUUUUCUGGAUAGUCUCAUCUUAUAGCAUUCCUCUAUAUCCUUAGGGUGGAGAAAGAAAAAAAAAAACAAAAGAAAAUUAUAAUUAGUAAUAUUUAUUAUACACACAUAUAUAGUUUACAAACAUGUACAUUUUCACCGUCACUUCCUGACAUCACAUUCUUAAGAUAAUUUUUAUUUUGCAUCUAAAUAUCCUUUCAAUGAAGUAGUUUGGACAUAAUAUGUAGAAUUUAAAGAUAAAGGUUAUUUCUUUAAUGACUGUCCCUGCACAAAUUGUGUAGGAAAUUGUUAAAACACUGAACCUCAUCUAAUGGAUCAAAUGUUUCUUAGUAACACUGAACCUCAUCUAAUGGAUCAAAUGUUUCUUAGUAAAGGGUUGUCAGUUUUUGUCACCGGUGCUACAGUUUGUUCUUCAAGACACUUAUCUCUACUUGGCUUAGUUUCUAUUGCUGAAAGUUAACUAAGGUUGGGAGUAGACAGGACAGUCCAUGAGUAAUGAAAUUGUUCUCUUAUUUAUACAUCUCAUCACCAACGUCCAUACUUGACUCCUAAGUUGUAUUUAACUUACCUUUAUAAUUGUUUGUAUGUAUCAAGAAAACUUGUCUUCUUUUUCUUGUGGACAUCACACUAAUAUCAAAUUUUAAAUAAUUUAUUCUUUGGAAAUAAAUUAUUUCUAUUUGAACAAACUAACCAAAAUGAAAUUUCUGUUUUAGUUAACAAUUUUGCAGUUUUCCUUUCCCUUUGAUAUUUCUUCAAAGGAAGUGUUAAAAUUUGAGGUGAUACUACUUUCCUGGGGUUCUAUAAUCCAGUAUAUUUAGAUUAGUAUGAUUAUCUGUACAGCAGGACAUCAUGUGUAGUGCCAUUGUAAUCAGGACAUAUUUUGACAAUUUCCAAAUCUGUUAAACUUUUGAUAGCAGUUUAGUAAGGACCAAAAUUCAGAUUAGACUUGUGUCAGCAUGUACAUUAUUUUCUAUGGUAGACAUGCAUUUUUAUUAAUAAUUAUGAGCUGGUCUGGUGGUGGAUAACUAUCUCAUUACUCAUAUCAACCACAAAUCAGAUAUUCAUCCAUUAAACAGGCUUUUCAUUGCUAGCUUUUGGCUUUACAUUGUUGACAAAUUUUUAAACUGCAUAAAUUUUCCACUGAAUUUUGAGAGUUUGUUCUCUGGAUUUGAACAUAACUGGUAAUAUGGUUAACUUCUGAUGUGUCACUAUUAAAUUAGGUAUUGUGAAGCCAGAAGAUUAUAAGUGUGGUUGUACAUUCAGUAUUCUUAUUUGAUGGAAUAGAUGGUCUUCAGCUCCAUCUUAAGGCAACCUGCUGCCACUUGAAGUUCUGUAUUUUGAACAACUUUCAAUUUUUUGUGUGCUGUGUCUGGUCUUAGUAGAUUCUAUGUUGGGCUUACAUGAUUGAUUGAGAAUUGUUUGCCAAAUUGCUAUAAUUGUUAAUUUGUCCUGUUUCCAAAUAUUAACAUCUAACAUAUCAUUCUCCUACAGCUACAAUGUAUGGAGAAAAUGAACAUUGAAUCAAAUAUGAAUUGUAGUAUUUUGGGUUGUUGCCCUAGAGAUAGUGUAUGGCCAGAAACCUGAACUUGGAGGCGAUGGUAACUGGGCAGUUUGAGGAGUGAAAAAAGUCAGUUGAUUUUGAUACUGAGAGUUGUCCUCUACCAUCAAAAAACCCAUUUAGCUUAGACAGGUAUUGUUCAGCAUAUAGGCAGCCAAGUCUGGUUCAGGGUUUGAACCAAAAACUAAAAUUGUAUUUAUUGCUCAUAAAUUUACUGUCAGAAGUUGGUGUUUUUGGAGAUAAAAGUGAAGAUGUGCAGUUUCCCUAGAUAAGUCCCAAUCUCAUAAGUCUGCCUUUAGAUAUCAACUAUUAGAACUUGGUUGCAUUCAAAUACAAUUCUUGCUGUCUUAUAAUAUUCUUUGAAAUUGUGUUAUUUUGAGGAUCUUCUAACAAGAUACAGAUAUCAACCAUAUCAAAAGUUUUAGUCAAAUCUAUGCUACAGUCACUUUUGUGAAAUGGAGUGGUGAGGUCUUUUUUUUUUUAUCUCUGGUUAAAUUUGACUAAUGGAUAUGAAGAGUUGCAGGUGUUCUGAAAUUAUACAGUGUUGAGGCCUUAAUCUAUGCUGAGUCUCUUUUCCUUUAAUAUUCAGUAUCCUUUCAAUUCCACAUUACUCAGAUCAUCAACCUCUAACAAGUCAGUCACUAUUUAUAAAUAAGUGAUUAUUACUAAUUCAACCUGAAAACAACUGAACUGAAGAACCGUACCUUAUCUUCCCUACAUAAAUCCUCAGGACUUUUCUUAAGGAUUAUUUUUAAUUAGUUGCUCAACACUAUUAUGUCUUCACUAUUUCCAGUUAAAAUUUGUCAUCAUUAAUACCUCAAUGUGUAGUUCAUAGGACUAUGAAAACCAGACAUAAUACAUUGGUUCAUUUUGAAAUUCAUUAUCAUGCUUAAGCCUUCAGCAUUCACAUUACUCUGUCAAAUGUUAGGCUUAUUUAUUCACAUUGUUUUGAAUUGAUUGUGCAUUAUCUUAUACCUUAGCAAUUUUGAUGAGGUAACUUAAUUUUUUGAAAUUGUAGGGUUGAUAUGAGAGGCCACAUCUGGUCAGUUUUAACAUAAAACAGGUAUAAAAUUUUGGCCAGAUAUAGCUGAUUUAAAUGCUAAAGGGUUAAAGACAAAUAGAAAUGGAAGGCAAGAAAGGUUUGUUAGAUAAGAAAUAAAAUGUUAAGUUUCUUUGCUUAGUGGCUCUAAAGGCUGAAGCUCAAAGAUUCAAUUUAGCUCUUCUAAUGUCUUAGCUGGUAGGUAGCAUUAUCUAAUAGUUCAUAUAAUUAUCAAGAUUAUAUAUUAUUCCGGCUUUCUAAGAUGAAACCAAUGACAUAUAGUAUAUAAGAUAAUUCCCCCCUUAUUUCUGAGUUUGUUUUAUGCAAAGUUUUAGUAGCUGCCAACUGCUUUAGUGCUAUGCAAUCCUUAACAUUCAGAUUACUCGUCAAAUGUAAUGCUUAAUUAUUUACAUUGUUUUGAAUUAAUCUUGCAGAGUUGAGGCCUCUAUAAUGUGGUUGUAUAUUUUUAGAAUGACAUUGUAGGUUUGGUGUGAGAGGCAAGAUCUGGUCACCUUCAACAUAAAACAAAGGGAAUAUUUGGGCCAGAUAUGGUCUGUUUAAAUGCUGAAGGGUUAAUUUGUCAUGGUUCAAAGUCAAUCUUUCCAUAUUUCAUGUUUCUAGAUGAUUUAUCUUCACUAAUGUAAAUUAAAACUUGCUUGUUGAAUUCCUUCAAUGAUUAGCUUAACAUGGAGUAAUAUUUUUGCAUCAUAAAUGACAACAAAAGAGACUUUAAAAUAUUUUGCCAGACAUUUCAAAUUGGUAGUGGGAUUUGCAGAAUAGGUUAAUUAGUGAAAGAAGAUGCUUUGGAGUAUUUUAUUAUGUCCCUUGCACACAUAGGUUUCAAAUCUUGCCAAGGUGAAUUUUUAACUUUUACGUUCUGUGGUUGAUAAAAAUAAGUAACAGUGGUAACAUACUGACAUUUGUUAUAACACCCUCUACUUAAAAAUGAUCAACAGCAGUGGCUAAAAAAUGGUCAGUAUUUUCUUUCUAUUAGAAUAAGAAUUGAGUAAGCCUAAAACAGCUUUUUAAUAUUUUCUAGGAACAAUCACUAUUUAUUUCAAUUUUUGUCAGUUUUCAUUUUUAAGUUGCUUUUUUUUUUGUCUUUUUAUAUAUAUAUAGUUUCUAGUAGUAAACUUUCUUUUGAAUUCAUUAUUGAAUUCUUUUUAUUGUAUCAUUUUAUUUUUGCUUUUAGAAUUGUUUUAAUUAUUUUUUUAACUUAUCAAGCAUCAUAACUACAUUUAAUUAACUUUGUUUAAUGAAGUAGCCAUCUGAAAACAAUGCCUUUCUUCAAAAGAAAGGCUUUGGAUUUAUAAGGGAAUGGAAAUGAGAUUGCAAAACACUUGUGUGUUAUGACAAAUGAAUUGAAAUGAUUUCCUAUUGGAAAUGGAUACAAUAGAUCAGAAUUGGCUCACCAGGAGCUUUCUGCUUAGGAUGUUUAUAUGUAAUGUGGUCAACUCACUUUUCAUAUAACUAAACAAUUUCAAUCAACAAGAUUGUUGAUACAUUGUUUUUAGUCUUAUUAUUUUCCCUCUUUUGAUUGUCAGUUUACUGCAGGUAAAUUCUCAGUAAACUUGUGCUCUAAAUUGGUUUUGUUUUCUGUUUAAAACUGUUUGUCUUAAAAAGAAGACAUUGCCAGUUUCUCUUUGGAUGAUCUGGGAUGUCAUAUUCUGUUUGUAGACUGCAUUGUCAUCUGUAAAAAAAAGAAAGAAAUUAUAUGAAGAGCAGUUGGUAAGCUACUGACCGCUCAUUUGUGAGUCUCAAUUCAGUUGAGACAUUGUGUUGUCUUAGAAUAAGACAUCUAAUCUUUAUGUUCCUAUGAUUUCAUGUUUAAUAUUUAAUACAUUCUUACAUAUGUAUUAUGCUACAUACAUGUAUACUUUCAUGGGUACUGAUCUCAAUGGUGCAGUAUUGAGUUCUUGGUGAAGAUUCACUUCUCAAAGCUCUCAAGAAAAUCCUGAAUGUUUACAUCUAAUCUUCUUCUUAUUACUGAUGUAAUAAACCAUUGUUAAUUUGUUUUUUUAAUGACUUAACUAAACAUGUGCUAUGCACAAAUCACUAUAUAGAAACCUUUCUUCAGUUCUAUAUGCAUUAACCAAGAGUCUUUUGUUGGUGUAAUUUUUUCCUUUGUAUUUUUUGUUUGUUUUGUUACCUAUUAGAAACCUGUUGGUGAGGCUGUAACCCAACGUUGUUGUACUAAUUCUGCUCUGAUAAACAUCAACUAGUAUUUUAUACACACACACACACUCAUGCAAAUAUACAUGAUAUUAAAUAUAUUUAUAACUUCACUAACAGUUUUCAAUUUUUCCUCAAGUUGACUUCAAUUGGGAUGCACUGAUUUUUCUUCUUUUUAUUGUCUUUUUUAAAUGUUAUUUUUAUUUUGUCUUGCUAAAGUAAUAAAGAUCUUCAUUUGUUUUUA